AGGGUGAAAGUGCGCAAGUUCCUCCCGACCUGACCACCGCGAACCCAAGAAAAUGAGCCCAGGGCACCACGGCGGUGGGCGGUGGGCGGUGGACGUGGGUAAGGGCUGUGGAGUAAGGUGAAACGCGGGGAGUCACGCGAGGGCAACCCCCGUGAAACUUGGAGGUGGCACGAGAAAUCGCCGCGGUACGUUCCCGGUGAACUCCAGUCAGUCUGCAGAAUGAGGCGCGCGACAUGGUUGCUUUUUGUGUCUACCCUGAUUAUCAUUCAGAAGACUCACGUUAUCCACUCUCAGAGGACUCAUGCGCGACAGGGGUCCAAUCGCGAAAGUAACCCGACCGUUAGCAUACCUGGACAGGGAACCGUUCUCGGCAAGGAGGUAUUCAUCAGUAAUAUCCUAAAAGUGACGCAAUACCUUGGUAUCCCUUAUGCGCAACCCCCGCUUGAGAAUCUUCGCUUUGCGCGACCGGUGACAAAUCCUCUUCCCUCUUGGAACGACGUGAGAAAUGCAACGCAGUUCGCGCCAUCAUGCCAGCAAGCUUCGGGUCAACUUAAGUUACAUGAAAAACUCUACAAACAAUUGUUACCACUAGAUGUACCCGAUCCGGGAUUCAGUGAGGAUUGCCUCUUCUUAAAUAUUUUUGUUCCGAGUGAAGGAAACCGUCAGAAUGAUCAAUGGCCGGUGAUGGUUUGGUUCCACGGCGGCGAUUUCAACACUGGGACUCCGGCGAUCUGGGACGCCUCCAUAUUCGUCAGCAAACAAAAGGUGCUAGUGGUGACGGUGGCGUAUCGAUUAAACAUUCUUGGAUUCUUCACGACGAUGGACACCGAGGCGCCCGGCAAUUAUGGCAUGUUUGAUCAGAUCGCCGCUCUCGACUGGAUAAAACGGAACAUCAAGCACUUCAACGGCUCGCCCAACAACAUCGUCAUCUACGGCCACAGUUCCGGUGCCAUAAGCGUGGGCCUACACAUGAUGAGCCCGCUCAGCAGAGGGAAAUUCCACAAGGCGAUCGUUAUGAGCGGAGACGCCAUCAGUUCCGUCGGCACGCUGGACAGAGAAAAGACGGUCGUAGACAUCGUAGCCGAUAGGUUCAGCUGCUACCGACGACCGAUCAGCGCGCUGAUGGAAUGCUUGCGCCGACCACCCGCCGAUGCUCUGGUCCAACAAACGGCUGAUAUCGAGACCUGGGGCCCGAUUAUCGAUGCGGAUACAAAUAAUGAGACGGAACCCUUCCUCGCGCAACAUCCAAAGGAUAUCUUGGAAAGUGGUAAUUUCAACGCGGUACCAUUGAUCACUGGCUACACGAACAACGAGCAAGUUCUGGCAUAUAUGGAGGCUAUUGGCGAGCGGAAUCCAGAGGGUGGACUCUCUCCGGAAAAUUUUGAGAACAUGAUCGUAGACGAGUUUACGUCAGCGGUACAGCCCCCGGACGACAAUAGCACCUGCGAGUCGAAGCCCGAGAUGGUGACGAAUGCGGUGCUAUUCUUCUAUAGGCCAUAUCCAUUUACGACAAAUAUGACGGUGUAUCGCGACAGAUACCUGGACCUACAAACGGAAAAGAAUUUUGCAUCUGGUCAGACAUUACUGGCCGGCAAAGUGGCGAAACGAAAAACGCCGGCUUUUGUCUAUCGAUUCGAUUAUCGUCCCAAGACACAACCAGUCACGAAGGAUGUGCCGGAAUGGGCGGGCGUACCGCACAUGUUCGAACUCCCGUUCGUCUGGGGUUUACCGCAUCUGAUGAACGCCGCGACGCAAUGGAUCUUCAAUGAUAAAAAGUUGUCUGAGGUGAUAAUGACGAUGCUAGCGACGUUCGUCAAGACCGGGGAUCCCUCCUUGACGAGUGGGACAGGAUCGGUCAAGUGGGAGCCUUAUACACAGGAGAACCCGAGGAUUCUGAUCAUCGACAAGAAUGUCGAGAUGAACGAGCCGGAUGCGGUGGACUACAAGGCACUCGCGUUCUGGAACGAUUAUUAUCCACAAGUCGUAAUGCAGGCGACGGACAAUUGUUGCAAUAUCACGAGCACGGCGACGACAUGGAGGAUAUUCUCUCGUAGCGUGUGUCUUAGCGGCGUAAUGGCUACGGUGGCGUUGCAACGCUUCUGGUUCUAAUUACAAUCACAACGUGACAUAUGAAAUACUGAAUUAAAAAGAAAAAGAAACGUGUUGUUACGCUCGCUGUAUAUUUUUAAUAGACCAAUAUCGUCGAAAAAAGACGAAAUGUAA